AUGGAACAGCCACAUUUUCUCAAAGUUGCAUCUAAAUCAGCUUCUAGCUUAUUGUCAACGGCGUCAGUACCGCAGCUCAGCUCCACUACAGUGGCAACAACUGCAAUCAAUUACGAGAAUGUAAACCUGGAAAUACAAUCAAUCCGAAAUGGUUCUCCAUCAACACAAUUCGAUAAUAGUAGUGUAGCAUCCGAGCUUCACUUAUCAGAGUAUAUCGAAGAUCUACCGUUCUUGCCUUCAAAAGUGCGCAAUUCACAACGACCUCAAAAUGAUCAUAAUUAUUUGGCAUUAUAUAAGAACCCAUUUAAUUUGGAGGAGGAUCAAUACUUUCGUCUGUGCAUCACCAUAUCCAAAACCGAUGAUGAACAACAGUUUCAUCGAAAAUUGAAGCAGUUUUUCAUCUUUUCUACUGCCGGAAAACCGAUAUACUCAAUGAAUGGGUCGGACGAUGUGAUUAUUGGUUAUGUGGGUGUAUUGACAACAAUACUUUCUACAUUUCAAGAGGAUCUUCACAAAGACUUGAAAAGCAUCAGAAUAGAAGAUGAGUUGAAAAUUGUUGCCUUGAAUAGAGCACCCAUAGUGUUGAUUACAAUUACCAAGUUAAAUCAUGAAACAGAUAGCUUCCUUGAAUCCCAACUAAACGUACUAUACAUGUACUUGUUGAGUAUAUUGUCAAAAUCAGCAAUCGAUAAGCAUUUCAAUAAUGGACUAAAUUAUGACUUGCGUCGAGUUUUGAGCCCAUUGGACUUUUCGAAUUUGGAUGACUUGUGUAUGAAAUUGACCUUUGGAUUGCCCAAUGGACUUGAUUUCUAUUUGAGUCAGUUGUUUUCAUGUCAACAAAGCAUCAAAAUACGAUACACAUUAAGAUCAAAAAUGAACAAAAUACUAAAGACAUACAAGGAUGAAGAUCUAAUUUUCACCAUUUUGGCCAAGUCUCACAUUAUUUUAAAUUAUAUUCGCAAUAAAACCCACAAUUUAUCUAGCAAUGAUAUGAAGUUGUUGUUAUUUAUUGUGAAAUCUAUGAAGACCAAAGAAGAAGAUUUAUGGAUGCCAUUAUGUAUGCCAGAAUUCAAUAGCAAUGGUUUCCUAUACGUAUUUGUUCGAACAUGGGGUCAGAAAAGUUUGAUACUCAUUAGUGGGAACAAAAAUUCGUUUUACAAAUUAAAAGAAAUAGCAAGUGGUAUAAUACUAACAGCCGAAAGAUCACAGAACCGUGAAUUUCUUGCCAGUUUUCAACGUGAAUUAAGUACACCAAUCUCGAGCCAGAUCCCAUUUGUCGUCAAGCAUUUCAUGUAUAUAAAUAAAAAAACUAAUCAAUUUGUAUGCAGCGAAGCACCACACGAAAAUAGAGAUGUUGUACUCCAAUUGAUCAAUUACUACACACAAUUGAAAAAUAACAAGUCCAGUGUACAGAUCAAGGAUGUAUCUAUUAAGUACAAAAAAUUAUCGUAUAUGAAGUGGGGCAAUGUGACUGGGUUUAUGAUUACCGAGGACGCCUAUGCAUCUUAUUGUAUCAUCAAUGAUGAUCUCGAUUCAAGGAAAUUGGUUGAUGUUAGUGUUUCUAUAAUCAAAUGGUGUAAGAAUAAUCAAUCACGAUUAUUUACAAAGUGA